CAUUAAUCUUCUGUGGGAACUGGAAAUGGUCAGACAGGCUUUUUCAUGCACCGAGUAAACCCACGCUGCUACAUUUGCAUCCACUAGCGGCGAGAUUAUGCAAAGACAGCGCCGGUCGACUGUCAAUGAUCACUUUCUUUAACAACCCCAUCUUACCUUUGAUUUGAUCCCGUUGUCGUUUUUGCUAUAUAAAACAAAUCCAGAGCAGAAGAAAAUACUGCGUUUAAAAAAAAAAAAAAAAAAAAGAGACGCAUUAUUUUGUAAUCAUGAUCCGUUAGGGUCUUUGGCGACGGACUGAGGACGUAGAAAAUUAACAACAACAAAAAAAGCAGGAGCUAGAUAAGGACGCUCAUCCUGCUCUGCGACUGUGGCAGCGGCGGUGUCCGUGUUCUAGGCUCGAGACGAAGGGACUGUACCGGCGUUGAGACCUUAAACCUGUGCAAAUUCCACGUACAAUGAAGAAAGCCGCUUCAAGAUCAAUGGAUCCGAUAGAGGUUGUUUAAACCGAGAGAAACUACCCGAAAGGUGAUUUGUGAACCGGUAUUUAAAGGAUGCAUCUAUUUAGUGCCAUCUUCCUACUGCUGAUGUUAGGAAUCAGACCAAGUGAGACCCUGUUCCCCAGCCCGGAGGAAGGCUGGCAGAUCUACAGCUCAGCACAGGACCCGGAUGGGAAGUGUAUUUGCACGGUGGUGGCCCCCGCGCAGAGCGUGUGCACGCGAGACCCGCGCAGCAAGCAGCUCCGACAGCUCAUGGAGAAGGUGCAGAAUAUCACCCAGUCUAUGGAGGUGCUUGACUUGAGAACAAACCGGGAUCUGCAGUACGUGAAGAACACAGAGGCUCUGAUGAAAGCGCUCGACAGCAGGUUGAAAGUGGCAGCUGACAGCCAGAAACCUCUGAAUCCCAAGUCCUUUCAGGAUCUCAAGGUGAAGGUGGACCAGAUGCUCCCCCUGCUGCCGGUGCUGGAGCAGUACAGGUCGGACGUUCGGAUGAUCGUGCAGCUGAAGGAGGAUGUGAGGAACCUGUCGCUCAUCCUGCUGGCCAUCCAGGAGGAGAUGGGAGCCUACGACUAUGAGGAGCUGCAGCAGAGAGUCAUGAUGCUGGAGGAGAGGCUCCACGCCUGCAUGCAGAAACUGGGCUGUGGGAAGCUCACAGGGGUCAGUAAUCCCAUUACUAUCCGAGCGUCGGGGUCCAGAUUCGGAUCGUGGAUGACUGACACCAUGAGUCCCAGUGCAGAUACCCGGGUGUGGUCCAUGGAUGGUUACUACAAAGGCAGGCGGGUUCUCGAGUAUCGCUCCCUGAACGACUUCAUGAAGGGGCAGAACUUCGUGCAGCACCUCCUCCCUCACCCUUGGGCCGGCACGGGCCACCUGGUGUACAACGGCUCCCUCUACUACAACAAGUACCAGAGCAACAUCGUCAUCAAGUACCAAUUCCGCUCGCGCAGCAUCCUGGUCCAGAGGAGUCUGGCCAGCGCCGGCUACAACAACACCUUCCCUUACUCCUGGGGGGGCUUCUCGGACAUCGACCUCAUGGCCGACGAGAACGGCCUGUGGGCAGUCUACACCACAAACCAGAACGCGGGGAACAUCGUGAUCAGCCGGCUGGAGCCCCAGACACUGGAGAUCCUGCAGAGCUGGGACACAGGGUACCCGAAACGUAGCGCGGGGGAGUCCUUCAUGAUCUGCGGCACUCUUUACGUGACUAACUCCCACCUGGCGGGGGCUAAGAUCUACUUUGCCUAUUACACGAAUUCAUCCAGUUACGAGUACACGGACAUCCCCUUUCACAAUCAGUACUCGCACAUAUCAAUGUUGGACUACAACCCCCGGGAGAGGGUGCUGUACACUUGGAACAAUGGUCACCAGGUCCUCUAUAACGUCACGCUUUUCCACGUUAUAAAGACUUCGGGAGAGUUGUAAAUUGACGGCAUUGUGGCUGGCCAGGUUGAGUGACUGACCAACGAGACACGUCUAUUUUUUUUUAUAUUUCAAUAUUAACAGUAUUAUUAUUAAUCGACAACAGUAACAAAAAAAAAAAAAAACUGACUAAGACGGCCAGCGCCAACUACGAAACUAAAUAAAAGACUGUUUUUUUUUUCUUGUGGUGAGUGCGCAUGGUUCUCUUUUUUUGUGACAAGAAAUAAACAUCUACCUUUGUCAUUUAAGAGCUUCUUAUUCCUUUAUUUUCUAGGGUUUCGGAACGCGAUACCGUUAUGUCUCCUCAACAUGCAUCUGACAUCUAACUCUUUGACCCCAAUCUGUACCAACAUCGCAGAUAAUUAUUACUUACCAGGAAUAUUACUAUGUAGUUAAUAGUCAUUUAAAUACUUUUUUUUUUAACUCACUAAAGUAAGCUAAUAUAUUAUUUAUUUAUUUAUUUAUUUAUUUAUUUGGCAGACGCCUUUAUCCAAGGCGACUUACAGGUGUUACAGGGCAGAACAGGGUUACAAUGCAAGACUCUCAUUUUAAUACAGUAUAGUUUACAGUAGGUGCAAGUAAUACUACUAAAAUAUGAAAUAAGAUGCAACAAGUUAGGAUUACUGCAAUGUUAUAUCUACAGUGACAUAUUAGUAGUGCAAUAGUGCAAGGACAGUGCAUUAGCUGAGGAUCCAUAGGUAGUAUAUAAUGUGUUGUACAGAGCCACCAGUACAGCUAAUCUUAAACCAUUAAGUGCCAUUAUCCUCAUUUCAGAACAGGCUACUUUGUAAUUUUUGAGAAUUAUUGAGCAUUUUUAAUUUGUUAUAUUUUAAAAAAUGUAUUGUUCCGAUAACUUACUCUAAUUUUGUGAGCCGCAAAAGCCUGAAUGUAUUGUAUCAAAUUACAGAAAUGCAGCUUAUGUUCUGAUUUUUUUCAAAGACAAAUUAAUUUGGUACUUGACUGUGACGCCAUUUCCAUCUGUUACAAUGACAUUUUCUUCUACAGACAUAUGGUAUGUGACAUACAUACUCACUAUAUACUGAGUAUGGUUUGCAGAUGAAAGAACCACCCAUUUCUGACAGUGAAUUCUGAAUCAUAUGGACUGCAAACGUACGACCGUUUGAACUGAAUCAAACUUCAAAUUCUCGACAAAAGUGUGUAUGCCCUGACUUUAUUUUACCUGUGCAGGUGAUACUGUUAUCCUGACUUCUUCCAUAGGCAAGCAAACUGUACAGCUGUGGCCAAAGGUUUUGCAUCACCCUAUAGAAUGAACUAAUUUUGCUUCAUAAAGUCCAGUGAAACCUGCAGAAUUAUGUUACGUUAACAUAUUGGGUUACAUACCACUUUGUAGUGUUCUACUACUGACAAAUUUGACAUUUCGAAACCUAACAUGAAAUACUGUACUACUGUUAUGGCUUCCGGUAGACU